UCACAUUUUACCUUGAGGCAGUCAACCCAGUUGGCCACGAUGGGAGGAAAGCGAUUUGAAGACAUUGUCCGAAUAUUGAUCUAUGUUCAACUAUUCCUAGCUUCAGUUUGCGUUGGCUCAUCGCCAUGCAUGCCUGAAAGUGAUCGUUUGGGGCGCUACACGGUCAUAGGCGGUAGCGGUAACACCUCGUCGGCGGGUGUUCCUAGUGGGUCUAGGGUACAAGUCUUAGUAAGCUGCAAUGUGGGUGCUAUUGAACAACAAUCUGUGAUGUCACAAUGCUCUAAUGGAACAUGGAUUCCACCAUGGCCUCGAUGUGAGAAACCUUGUUCGGUACCAAUCAAUAGAGGAGAGGUUCUACAGUUUGUGAAUGGUGAUGUGACGAGACCGAUAACUAGCUACUAUACCCCUUCCACCUUACCCGAUGGCACACAGCUAGUUGCUACAUGUAGAUCCCCUGACAAUUAUAGAUUGAUUGGUGAUCAAAGACGAACUUGUGAAGGAGGACAGUGGACCGGGGAAGAACCACAAUGCCAACGUGUUCAAACACAAGUCAUAUUCUUCGAACGGCAAGACAACCGAUGGCGUGAGGUAGCAAGUAAUGGGACAGUCGUGGUGUACGUACAUCGUGAAAAUCCCAGGCCUCUUAAUGUAGUCUGCAGAGACACCAGUGGAAUGUUGAGAUAUACUCGACUGACAACUCCUCUCGUGAAUGACGGAGACUUACAGCAUUGGCAUGGGCGAAACUAUCAUGGAAAACGGUUGGAUCCUAUCUCUACUGAUUUCUCUGGCAUGUAUACAUGCAAUGGGUCGUCAUCAUUUCACAGCGUACAUGUGCUGUUUAAAGCUGCUGAAUGCGAAGUCCCUGCGGCUCCAGAGCAUGGGAGGUUACUAAAUGGUUCCAGACAGCAGCCUCGAGAUAUCUUUCCAUCUGGAACUUCGGUUUCAUUCGAAUGCGAAGAUGACUACCGCUUGGUGGGAUCUAGGAGAAUUACAUGUGAGAAGGGUCAAUGGUCGGAUGAUCCACCCGUAUGUACAGAGCUUGAUAUUCGUCUCUUCGGUGGAAGUGGUAACUAUGAGGGUCGAGUAGAGGUCAGGGUCAAUGGUCGAUGGGGUACAGUCUGUAAUGAAACAUGGGACAUGGACGAUGCUACAGUGGUAUGUCGGGAGCUCGGUAACCGAACAGCUAUCAAGUACGAUGUGAUGUAUGGUGAAGGGGAAGGACCUAUCUUGUAUACGAACUCCAUGUGUACGGGUGAAGAAGAACGUCUGCAAGAUUGUCCUAAUGAGGAACCUACGGUGGAUGUAUGCAAGCAUACGCAUGAUGCAGGGGUACAAUGCAGUUUCAAAGAUGUUGAUCUGCGGUUAGUCGGUGGUUCAACGCCAAACGAAGGUCGAGUAGAAGUUUACAAGAAGGGAGUCGCUGGCAUGGGUGAAUGGGGCAGGAUGUGUGCCGGUUCGGAGUGGGACCGAAGAGAAGCUAACGUUGUUUGUCGAACAGUCGGGUAUCCGAACGGUGCGGAGGCUUCAAGCGGUAGCGUCGGGAGCGGUAACGGUAGGGUGUUCAUCACCGACGUGGAGUGUACCGGUACAGAGAAUACUUUCCUCGGCUGUAAAGAAGCGAACUUCGGCAAUCUACAAGCUUGUCCAACUGGUGAGGUGGACGCCACCGUUGUUUGCAUACAGACUCCCUUGGGUUAG